CCAAAAUUCAAAAUACAAACGCUCCAAAGCUUAUUCAGUUUCCCUCCAAAGAUCUUCAGAGAGGUUUGAGGUUGUUCUUUUCUUAAUGGAGACCACGAAGUCGGGGAGGGGAGCCGGAGGAAGAAAAGGUGGCGAGAGGAAGAAGUCGGUGUCGAAGUCGGUCAAGGCGGGGCUACAGUUUCCCGUUGGUCGUAUCGCUCGGUUCCUGAAAAAGGGUCGCUACGCUCAGAGAACCGGCACCGGGGCUCCCGUUUACCUUGCCGCCGUACUCGAAUAUCUCGCCGCUGAGGUUUUGGAGCUGGCAGGAAACGCGGCACGUGACAACAAGAAGACCAGGAUAAACCCAAGGCACGUGCUGUUGGCCGUGAGGAACGACGAGGAACUGGGGAAACUGCUUCAAGGGGUUACCAUUGCCAGCGGCGGAGUUCUGCCAAACAUCAACCCCAUUUUGCUGCCCAAGAAGACAGCUCCUGCUGACUCUGACAAGUCCUCUAAAGCCUCCAAGUCCCCCAAAAAAGCUUAAAUGUCCUUGUUUUCUUUUAUAUGUAUAACAGUGUUAGCGGUCGGAAGUUUUUGUUGCAUAGAUGUAGUUGGUAAAUUUGAAAAAUCCAAUGGAAAGCUACUUUCUUCUUACUUUUUUGAUGAUAUCGCACUUUAAGCAAA